GGGCGGGGGCGGGGCUGGGCGCGAGGCAUUGUGGGGAGGAGACGGCCGUCGGCGGGGCGCCAUUUUGUGAAGCGGCGGUACCCUGUUGGAGAUUCUGGGGCGUAAGACCGCUACUGCGGCUCCUUCGGUCCGUCUUCGGGGGCGCGGCCGGGUCUCCUGCGGACAGUUGGCCGCCUCCCUGGCAUCCGGGUGAGCUUCCGUCCGCGCGCCUGGGCCGUCGGACGCCUCGCCAGCCCGGGCCGUGUCUCCCGCUCCUUCCGCAGGGGGAAGAGAGACCCGAACACGGAGCGCCGGGCGCGCUCUCCUCAGGAUCAUGGGCUCGGACAAGCGAGUAAGUAGAACAGAGCGUAGUGGAAGGUACGGCUCCAUCAUAGACAGGGAUGAUCGUGACGAUCGUGACUCCAGAAGCAGGCGGAGGGAUUCAGAUUACAAAAGGUCUAGUGAUGAUCGGAGGGGCGAUAGAUACGAUGACUACCGAGACUAUGACAGCCCAGAGAGAGAACGUGAAAGAAGAAACAGUGACCGAUCUGAAGAUGGCUACCAUUCAGAUGGUGACUAUGGCGAGCAUGACUAUAGGCAUGACAUCAGUGAUGAGAGGGAGAGCAAGACCAUCAUGCUGCGUGGCCUUCCCAUAACCAUUACGGAGAGCGACAUUCGAGAAAUGAUGGAGUCCUUUGAAGGCCCUCAGCCUGCUGACGUGAGGCUGAUGAAGAGGAAAACAGGUGUAAGCCGUGGUUUCGCCUUCGUGGAGUUUUAUCACUUGCAAGAUGCUACCAGCUGGAUGGAAGCCAAUCAGAAAAAGUUGGUGAUUCAAGGAAAGCACAUUGCAAUGCAUUAUAGCAAUCCCCGACCUAAAUUUGAAGAUUGGCUUUGUAACAAGUGCUGCCUUAACAAUUUCAGGAAAAGACUAAAAUGCUUCCGAUGUGGAGCAGACAAGUUUGACUCUGAACAAGAAGUGCCCCCUGGAACCACAGAAUCAGUGCAGUCUGUGGAUUACUACUGUGAUACAAUCAUACUUCGAAACAUCGCUCCACACACUGUGGUGGAUUCCAUCAUGACAGCGCUCUCUCCCUACGCAUCCUUGGCUGUGAAUAAUAUUCGUCUCAUAAAAGAUAAACAGACGCAGCAGAACAGAGGCUUCGCAUUUGUGCAAUUGUCUUCUGCAAUGGAUGCUUCUCAGUUGCUUCAGAUAUUACAGAGUCUCCAUCCACCUUUGAAAAUUGAUGGCAAAACUAUUGGAGUUGAUUUUGCAAAAAGUGCCAGAAAAGACUUGGUUCUCCCAGAUGGUAACCGAGUUAGCGCCUUCUCUGUGGCUAGUACAGCAAUUGCUGCUGCUCAGUGGUCAUCCACCCAGUCUCAGAGUGGUGAAGGAGGCAGUGUUGACUACAGUUAUCUGCAGCCAGGCCAAGAUGGGUAUGCCCAGUAUGCACAGUACUCACAGGACUACCAACAGUUUUAUCAGCAACAGGCUGGAGGAUUGGAAUCUGAUGCAUCAUCUGCCGCAGGCACAACAGUGACCACCACGUCAGCAGCUGUAGUGUCCCAGAGCCCCCAGCUGUAUAAUCAAACCUCUAAUCCACCUGGCUCUCCGACUGAGGAAGCACAGCCUAGCACUAGCACAAGUACACAGGCCCCAGCCGCUUCCCCCACUGGUGUAGUUCCUGGUACCAAAUAUGCUGUUCCUGACACAUCCACUUACCAGUAUGAUGAAUCUUCAGGCUAUUACUAUGACCCAGCAACAGGCCUCUACUAUGAUCCCAACUCACAGUACUAUUACAAUUCGUUGACGCAGCAGUACCUGUACUGGGACGGUGAGAAAGAGACGUAUGUGCCCGCUGCAGACUCUGGUUCCCACCAGCAGGCAGGCUUACCUCCUGCAAAAGAGGGGAAGGAAAAGAAGGAGAAACCCAAGAGCAAAACAGCCCAGCAGAUCGCCAAGGACAUGGAACGCUGGGCUAAGAGUUUAAACAAGCAGAAAGAAAAUUUUAAAAACAGCUUUCAACCUGUCAAUUCUUUGAGGGAAGAGGAGAGAAGAGAAUCUGCUGCAGCAGAUGCUGGUUUUGCUCUCUUUGAAAAGAAGGGAACCUUAGCUGAGAGACAGCAAAUCAUCCCAGAGUUGGUACGAAAUGGAGAGGAAGAGAAUCCCCUCAAAAGAGGUUUGGUUGCUGCUUACAGUGGUGACAGUGACAAUGAAGAGGAGCUGGUGGAAAGACUUGAAAGUGAAGAAGAGAAGCUGGCUGACUGGAAGAAGAUGGCUUGCCUGCUCUGCCGGCGCCAGUUUCCAAAUAAAGAUGCCCUAGUCCGGCACCAGCAGCUGUCAGACCUCCACAAGCAAAACAUGGACAUCUAUCGGCGGUCUAGGCUGAGUGAACAGGAGCUGGAAGCCUUGGAGCUGAGAGAGAGAGAGAUGAAAUACCGAGAUCGAGCUGCAGAAAGACGGGAGAAGUACGGCAUUCCAGAACCACCAGAGCCGAAGCGCAAGAAGCAGUUCGAUGCUGGCACUGUGAAUUAUGAACAGCCUACUAAAGAUGGAAUUGACAACAGUAACAUUGGCAACAAGAUGCUGCAGGCCAUGGGUUGGAGGGAAGGCUCAGGUUUGGGGAGAAAGUGUCAAGGCAUCACAGCCCCCAUUGAGGCCCAAGUCCGCCUAAAAGGAGCUGGCCUAGGAGCCAAAGGCAGCGCGUACGGAUUGUCGGGUGCAGAUUCCUACAAAGACGCUGUCCGGAAGGCCAUGUUUGCCCGGUUCACUGAGAUGGAGUGACACUCAGGAGAGAGAGAGAAAGAUGAGGAGCUCCAAAGAGCACAAGUAGUGGUCCAUCUCCUAAAUUAAUUUCUAACCACCUGUCUCUUCAAAGGGCAUGCCUUGCACUGUUAAUAGUCUCUGGGGCAAACGCCUUCAAUCUGCAAGGUUCUCCCACCCACUUACAGAAGUUGCCCUGGUACGGGUUGUCUGCCAGAGGGCUUGGGAGCUGAUGAGCGGACAGUGGGUCUUUUAUACUCCGUGUACAUAGUGUAACGUAGUUUUACAUGUGUAGCCUAUGUCGUGGUCCGUCAGCCCCUCAAGUCCUUACGGGGUGUUGAGAUGCCAUAGGUGGUAUGUGAUACCAAAGCCGCCUCUGUCACUUGUUGUGCUGUCUUUUCUGGGCAAAAGCCUUGUGUAUAUUUGUAUAUUGCACAUUUGUACAGAAUUUUGGAAGAUUUUCAGUCUAGUUGCCAAAUCUGGCUUCUUUACAAAAGAAAUACCUUGAAAAUGA